AUGCGAUUGCCAGUAAUAUUGUUGAAUAUUCAUGUGGUCUUUGGCUACACUCAUCUUGAAAUCCAGGAGAACCAACUAAAGUAUCAAGCGUACCAUGACUGUAUACGUCAUAAGGAGCAAGUCUACAGAAGGCAUCGUGACAAUCAGUUUGCUCAACAUGUGAUACAGCCAAAGGGUACAGAAGUGUUGUUGCCUUGCCUCGCUUGGUAUGUUAUCCAGUUUUUUUAGAACUUUGUCCAGUUUUUCAAUAAAAAAAACCAAAUUUGUCCAAUUUUUUAUUUGGGAGUAAUUUUAUACGAUCAAACAUGUUUUUGCCAUUUUAUUUUCGCCAUUUUUAUCGCAAAUUUAAAGAUAUUUGAUUGUUAUUUUAUUGAAGCCUAAAAAUUAAAAUUUUCUGUUUUAGUCCAAGCCCCACAGAAGAAGAGUUCAUCGAGGACUUGUGGAAGCCGAAUGAAAACAUCCUCGGUCGAAAACUCUCUGGAUUCUGGGACAAAAUCAAGAAGUUUGUGAAGGAAAAGAACCAGACUGUGCCUAGUUUCAGCUGGGAGUUUAUGAAAUUCGAAAAGAAUUCUAAAUGGAAACCAGCCAUUGAUCUGACUGAGCCAAGAACUUUGGCCAGAAAGACUCAGAAGGCUGCUCAAGGGUAAGUUCUUUUCUUUUUUAUGUUUUUAGUUAAUGUUUGGCAAAAUAAAAUACAAAGUAUCAGUAAAUAUGAUAGUUUCAAGUCUUUGGAAUACGUUGGUCAUUCUCGACUAAUAAUUUGUUAGAAAUGUUACCUAAAAUAUUGAAUUUCCUUGCAAAUCGACGACCAAAAACGUGAAGUUCUUUAAGUUUAGGUAUGUUUUAAGCUGAUUCUUACUGUUUUAUCUUUUGAAAUUGUAGAUUGUUCAAGAAGAAGAGGAAAUACGAAGUUGGAGAUCACUUUGAGCUCAGAAUCAACGAUCUCAACAAUGGUACACAAGGAUGGUACCGAUGUGUUAAGAGGACUCCCGAGCAUUUCAUAUCAGCUUUGUACUUUGUUCAAGUUGUCAGAUCUUCUGAUUACAUUAUUGUAAGGUUUGUUACAGUUAUUGUUGUAUCUAAUAUAGAAUUUUACAUGAGGUAUAUUUUGAAAGGGUUAUAUUAUCCUUUAUAAGCCUAAUCACAUUAUCAUAUGAUGAAUUAGCAGGCCCGGCUCUUUAUUGAUGAAGUUGUUCAUUCUGACAAGGGAAUGUUACAAACUGCCCAUUCGCUUUUUAAAAAUGAAUGGUACCAUGUGAAAGAGCGUAAAAAGUUGACUAGAAACCUAUUUUCAAAAACUGCUAAUUUUGCUUUACAAGCCCGCUAGCGAGCUUUUAAAAUUUUUACUAUCAAAACGGAUUUUUUAAACCCGCUUUCUUUUGGCUUCUUUCAAAACGGGGAGUUAAAUGUGUUCGAAUGGCCGAGUGGUCAAAGGCGCCGUGAUUGCGCAAUCAAUGGACUUUAGGUUCGAUUCUCUUUUUGGAUAAAUGAUCGGUAUUCUUUUUUAUUUAAAAAGUUAAUUAAGUUAAAUAUUCAAAAAAAAAUUUUUUUUUGUUGAUAAGGCUUCUUACAUCUAAUAAAACCUAAAAAAAGUAGAAACUAAGGUUUUUAAAAAUACAAUAAUCCAAAAGAAAGAAUAACAACUUAUAAGGCCUUUCACUAAUAAUUUUAAAAUCUCGCUAGCGGGCUUGUAAGGCAAAAUUAGCAGUUUUUGAAAAUAGAUCUCUAGUCAAUUUUUUACGCUCUUUCACAUGGUACCAUUCACUUUUAAAAAUCGAAUGGGCAGUUUGUGACAUUCCCUUGUGAAACCAGCUAUAAAUAUAUUUGAAUAGACAUCUGCGACAUUUAACUUGUGUUUUAUUUCUUUGCCUAAUCUGCAUGUCUAUAGGUGUAAUACUGAGUAAAUUACCUUGGGAUUGCGUGUUUGGCUGGGUGUUCGACCAACAUGUUUACCUCCGUCUGUUACUUUUGAUAUUAACUUGCUUAACGUUACUCUGUCAUGUUAUAAUUGUCUGUUAAACGAGCUUUAAUGGCAGUUAUAACUGGGCACUUACUCAUAUUAUCAUAUCAUGAAUUAUGGUAUGAUGGUAAUGUUUAGAAGUAAUUUAAAAGGUUUAUUUGUUUUAAGCGAUGAUUGAAUCUUUUUAGCGACAACGUAUACUUAAAAUUAGAAAAUAUAAUUUCAGCGACAAGUAGGAGAAGGCACUGGAAUUCCAGUAUCAAACAGUACCACUCCCACUCGAGUGUACCAUUUGUCGCAGGAAAAGGGGAUUGUCGCGUUCAAGAGAUAUUCACCAUGGACGCCUUGUAAUGUCUGUGGAGUGAAUGCGACAGGAGAGAGCUUCAGACGAGGAGAGUGCCACAUUAGACAGUACAAACAAGUACGUCACUUUACAGUACUUAUAUUAGUACUCGUAGUUGUAUUUAAUAAUUUUUAAAUGGUUUUAGGGUACAGUAACCAACAGUACUCUUUUGGGACUCUUUUCUCUGUUUGGUACCAUUCCUUGCAAUUCAGCUUUGGUACCCUUGAACAUACGACGAUUGCUACGGAAGUACGUAUUGGUACAGGAAUUUCAUUUGUGUCAGGUAAGGUGUUAUAUUAUCAUAGGUAUCUUUGAUAUUAUGGUUUUACCGAUCAGUCACUAAAGAAAUUAAUUUAAAGCUUGCACGGUGCAAAGAAAUUGCGUCUAUCUUAGCUGACUGCGCCGUGCAAAUAUAAUUAACUUUAAUUACACUGCACCGUGCACUUUUAUUACGCAAUCAUUCCUAGUCGAUUGCACUGUGCAGAACAAUUCAAUGCACAGUGCAGUCUCACAAAGCUCUGCACCGUGCAGUGUGUCGCAACAGCCACACUUUUAGCCUUUGCGACACCUCACCUGAUUGCUUUGAGAAGUACGGUAUCACAAGUUGUCGCAGAUUCAUUUUGAAAACAAUUGGUUGCUCGCACUGCGCAGGUUCUUCAGCAAUCUUUUGCGACAUUCAGGAAGAAGACUGCACGCUGCAAUUUUUACACUGUGCAGUUGUCGCGAAAGGCAUCUCGCUUGCGAUAGAUCAAAAAAGAGUGUCGCAAUUACUUUGUUUAAAACAGUUCAAACGUGGCCGCAUUUUUCUUUGAAGCAACUGAUUUUCGCAGAGCUGAACAUUCUGCGACAAUGUGAUCUUUUGGUGUCGCAAAGAGCGAGAGAUUCUCAUUCGAUUUCUCUCAUUUUUUUGCGCGACAGCGACCUCCAGGGUCUUGCAACAGACAGCGACAACUUCGACAAUCGCUGGCGCUUUACGACAUUUGCGAGUGAACUUUGUCGCUGGAUUUGAGGAUCUGCGACAAGCUGUAGCUUUGUCUUUUGGAAGGCGAUGCGACAUAACUGUCGCAAGUGUCGCAGCGGCAAAGCCUUGAUCAGUUUUAUCGGAAACAAAUCUGCUUUUGCACAGUGCACUUUUUUUGGAAUGUCGCGCUGUUUAAACGCCAAUGGCGACAUUUUCGGAUUGCCGCAUGUGGAAGGAUUUUAGCGACAAAGCGGGCAGUGGAUGGAUUGCACUGUGCACUGUUUACUCUUUUUGUGGUUUGCACCGUGCAUUCGAUUUGUCACUCGGCGCAGAAACUCUGCACGGUGCAGUGGUUAAAGUUUUGCACAGUGCAGCUGGGUUAAUAACUUGCACGAUGCAAUCUAAAAAGGAAGCGCUUUUCAGUGAUUGCACUGUGCAGAUGUUUAAUUUUACGUUAAUUCUGACUGUAAAUAAAAUAAUGUCAUAUUAAAUGACAUGAUAUGAUAGUAAUAUGUUUUAGUCUGUAUGCAAAGAAGUUGAGAACGAGACCCGCGUAAUCCAAUCGGUCGACAAGAGUGGUCACAAAGUUAUUGCCGAUCUGAUCCCUGCAGGCGAGUUCUCGGUCCUGGAGCGACUUCCUACUCUGAAAGCGGCUGUCACUAGGAAGGUGAUUACUGUAACUGAAGGGACAGACUUUGUCAUCUUGAAUUGCGGCAAGAGGGGGGUCUUCUGGCACAAGGGCUACAAGUACAUCAACCAGCUGCUACUGACGACAAAGAACACGACCAGCGACAAGAACAGAGUUCACCUGACAGCUGAUGGUCAACUCAUCAUCAGGGAUGUCACUCUAGAUGAUCGAGACUUGUAUAGGUAGGUUGUGGUAUGUUUGUGAUGGAUAAUAUAAUAGAUUUAAUUGGCUUUUGGGCUUGUAUGCUUUGUAUAUUGUGGUAUGUUGUCUGAUGACUAAGAGGACAGUUUGAAUUAAAGCGAUUAAAAGGGGUGGACAAACAUUACAAAAGCAUUAACUAUAACAUGAUAUAAUAUACAUAAUAUACCUUAUAUCAAUAUAAUAGAAGAAACAUUUCAACAUUUUAUUUACAGUAUGUUACAGUAGACGUUUCAGCUGCUUCCACCCUCCCCAGAACCUGCUACGCUCCUUCAAACUGAUCGUGAACCCUGGGGACCGAACGACCGAGCUGAUAGAGUACAGUAAGAUGCUGAUACGGUUCUCGUCGUGCGUGUUGCUGCUGCUGCUGGUGAUGGGUCUGCUGGCCAUCAACUGA